AAAUCCAUGUUUGUAAAUUACACUGUAAGCGUGUGUGCAUCAUCGACUAAGACAUAGAAUAGAAAUCAACUGAAAUACCAUAUUUAAAACGUGAUCGACGCUACUUAAGAAGACUAUCCACGGAUUGAUACAAUGGAUGAAGAAUGCAUCAAGCCUCAGUCUUCUCAUCCGAAUGAUUCUCGAAAUAGUGAACAUCCAAAAGACUAUCCACGGAUUGAUACAAUAAAUGAAGAAUGCAUCAAGCCUCAGUCUUCUCAUCCGAAUGAUUCUCGAAAUAGUGAACAGCCAAAAGUUACUCAUUCUCAGAUCAGUAAACGUCGAAAAUCAACAUUUUGCGGUUACUCGGAGAGGCAAUUUAAACGUAUUAUUGAUAAUAAAAGCAAAAGUGAUUACCAAUUCCUGCGAAACUUGCAAGAAGAAAUUAAUCAUUCAAAUAGGCCGCCAACUAUUCCUACAAACCCCAUUUCAUCAAGUGUUGGAGAUGUAGGUAAUAAGAAAACACCAUCUGCAUCACUGAUUGAUAAUACAUUACAUAAAUGUAUCACGGAUGCUUACAGUUCCUGUGAAUCUGACGAGGAUGCGCAAUUUUCUUUCAUAACAUCUAACAAAAUAAAUUCUAAAAAUAAGAAUGUAACCGGUGUUUUUAAUAUUAACGACUCAGAUGAAAUUGAGCAACCUUCUUUUCAAUUCGACAAAAAUAGUUUUCAAGACAAUAAGCAAUUUUUUAAUUUUUAUGACAGCUCUGACUCAUCUUCAGUAGAUUUAACUGAUUUUGAAAAUCAGAAUGAUUUAUCAAACGACGAAGUUUCAGACGAGAAUAUUUUUGACAAUAUAUCAACUGCAUCGGAAAAUGCAGAAAUCGACGAUGGAAAUAAAGAAAAACCGAGUUUAAUAAGUAUGUUACGCGAUUGGGCACUGAUGUACAAAAUCACGUUAGUAGCUCUGACUGCAUUAUUGUUGAUCUUAAGAAACUAUACUCAACAUUCAUACUUACCAAUGGACGCCAGAACUUUAUUAAAAACUGAAAGAAAUACGGAAACAUCUCAAUUUGGUGGUGGUGAAUAUCUUCACUUUGGAUUGGAAAGAGCCGUGCGAUCGAUUCUUAGAGAGUAUAAAAGAAAAGGAAUAACUUUGAAUCAUGUUAGAUUAGGUAUAAAUGUUGACGGUUUGCCCAUUUUUAAAUCUACUAAUGAAGGACUGUGGCUUAUUUUAUGUUCUGAAUUGAAUUCUAAACAAGUUUAUCCUGUUGGAGCGUUUUUUGGUAGGGGAAAACCAAAUGAUGCAAAUGAAUUCCUAAAGCAUUUCAUAGAUGAGGCUACGAAGGUGAUAAAUGAUGGUUUGAAAGAGGAAAAUGUUCGUGUAUCGAUUGAAUAUUUAAGCUGUGAUACUCCAGCGAAAGCUUUUAUUUUAUAUUUAAAGGGCCACACCGGAUAUGACAGUUGUACAAAGUGCAAUAUAGAAGGGGUCUAUGUUCUACAUGAGCGUAAACGACAGGAAAAUAAAAAGGGGAAAGGGAAAAAGUCUGGUAACACCUGUUUUCCAGGAAUUGGUCCUUUUAAAUUAAAGACUGAUGAUGACGAAAUAGAUUCAGAUGUUCAUCCAAUAUUCGCUGACCUUCCUGGAUUCGGGUUUAUAUCUUCUGUCCCCUUGGACUAUAUGCAUCUGAUUCUUCUCGGUGUCAUGAAACGUUUAAUAACUCUCUGGAUAAAAGGGCCUACAACAGUGAAGAUAUCAACGAAUCAAGUAAACAGUAUUUCAAAAAAGUUAUUGACAUUACGUCACAGCUGUCCAGUGGAGUUUGCAAGGCGUCCAAGGGGACUUUUUGACUACGUACAUUGGAAGGCCACUGAAUUUAGGACCUUUCUCCUUUACACGGGUCCAAUUGUUCUAAAAAAUAUCCUGAAAUCUGAUGUAUAUGCACAUUUUAUAUUGUUUCACAGUGCAGUUACAAUAUUGGUUAACGAUAAUCAUAUUCGUGAUGCUAACAAUAUUGAUUAUGCGCAUGAUCUCUUGACCCAAUUCGUUAAAGAAUUUCCAAGUAUUUAUGGCAAGAGAUAUGUAAGUCAAAAUGUUCACAACUUAUUACACAUUUGUAAAGAUGUAAAACGGUUCGGUUCGUUGGAUAAAUUCAGUGCGUUUAAGUAUGAAAAUUUUAUGAUGUCAAUUAAAAACAUGAUCCGAAAAGGAGAAAAACCACUGCAACAACUAUCAAGAAGAUUUGGUGAAAAGGAAAAGGCCGACGAGGAAAGAGUAACAACCGAUUUAUCGUCUAAUAUAUCAAGAAUAAAACUUGAACAACAGCAUCGCGAUGGACCACUCACCAGGGAAACAUCUUCUAAUGUUGAACAAUUUAAAAUAUUAAAAAACGAAGCUUUUACAUUUAACUGCAAUGAUUCAAAAGAUGCUUGCGUUUUAUUGGAGGAUGGACAUUUUUUAAUAAUAGAAAAUAUUAUAAGGUUUAAAAAUGGAAACAUUUGUGUCAUUGGAAUUAAGUAUUUCGCAAUUGAUAAAUUAUACGACAAUCCAGAUUCGAGUCUCUUCAAUAUAAAUAUCGCCAAUAGUACCAGCUCAGAAAAACAAUUAAUAAAAAUUGAAGAUGUUCACACAAAAGUGUGGAAAGUACCAUGUGCGAGGGGAAUAAUGACCAUUCCUUUGGCACAUAAACCUUGAGAGAAAAGUGCAGAAAAUCGAGGUUUUUCCAAAUAUUUCCGUUCCAGUACACAUUUUGAAAGCAUUUGAGGUGUCAAGAGUGACUCACGCGCUCACUACCUGUUUUCCGAGAUGACAAUUUACACCAAUUCUUCGAUUAUUUCUUUCGAUACGUUUUAGAAGAGAUACAAAUUAUUAGAGAGGAUUUUUUUAAUUUUAUGGCCUUAUAAAAAAAGUAAGACGAAUAUCAAAGCAUAAUUUUCUCGAAAGGAAGGAAGCAGUUUAUAAUAAAAAUCAUUUUUUGGAGUCAACUUUGAUUGCAAUCUCUACGUUUUGACCCAAGUUUUAGAAGAGCUGCAAUUACUUCAGACAGGAUUUUUAAAUUUUGUGGCUGUACCAAAGAAAAAUUCUGGAUGAAUUCCAAAAAUAAAUUUCUCGAAAGAUUGCAAACUCUACGUUUAAUACAGAUACUUGAUGGAAACUGAGCAACAUGGACCACAGAUUACAACGAGAAUCAAUUUGAUGAAUCAAAAUAGAUGUUUGUGAAAAAUUGCCUGCAGCCAAUACGUAUAAAGAUAACGUGGACAAUACCUGUGACUUCAACAAAUUGAAUAUUCAUCAAAUAUUUUAUACAUUAUAAUGAAGAAGUUUUAUUUCUUUUUACUAUAUAAAUGGUGUCUGCGGACUAUCAAAUUAGAAUUUUAUUUAACCUAUUUUUUCAAUUACAAAUUUUAUUUAUUUAUUAAAAUUAAUUGUCAUGUAACGUAAUUUUUUAGUAUAAAUCGUA